CCAUCUUCCCGGUGGAGACUCCACCGUCCACCCUAUCCCUUGUGCGGCACAUGCGUCCAGCAAAGCAAAAGCUGCAGCCGGCGGCUACAAUUCGACCUCGCUGUCGCGUGACGUACAAUUAUACUACACCUUGUACAUUAGCUGUCCAAUCCAAGCACACUGACAGAUUGAUUUGGUUCCAUUAUUAUAUCUUCAUUACCCGCCAUAUUUGACCUCCCGAUGGUAAAAUAGAGAGUUCAACAUCAAACUGGCCAGUCCUGCAAAUUUGUCAACUGCAAGCAUCAACAGCAAGCACCCCGUCGGAAAACCCCCGCCCUCCAGUCCAUUGCCAAAUCGCUCCUCACAUCAGAGCAUCAGAUCGAUGGACACUAUGAGCGGCGGCAUGCACGUCGUGAUGCUGCCAUGGCUGGCCUUCGGCCACAUACUCCCCUUCACCGAGUUCGCCAAGCGCGUGGCCCGGCAGGGCCACCGGGUCACCCUCUUCUCCACGCCGCGGAACACGCGCCGUCUCAUCGACAUCCCCGAGGGCCUCGCCGCCCGCAUCCGCGUCGUGGACAUCACGCUGCCGCGCGUCGAGCGCCUGCCGGAGCACGCCGAGGCGAGCUUCGACCUCCCUUCCGACGACCUCCGCCCGUGCCUCCGGCGCGCCUACGACGCCGCCUUCCAGCGCGAGCUCUCGCGCCUGCUCCACGAGGAUCAGACUCCGCGGCCAGACUGGGUGCUCAUCGACUACGCGGCGUACUGGGCUCCCGAGGUCGCGGCGAGGCACGGCGUGCCGUGCGCGUUCCUCAGCCUGUUCGGUGCCGCGGCGCUGGGCUUCUUCGGCACCCCGGACGCGCUCACGGGCACCGGGGAGCACGCCAAGACGGAGCCGGCCCACUUCACGGUCGUCCCGGAAUACGUCCCCUUCCCGACCACCGUGUGCUACCGCGGGUACGAGGCGCGCGAGAUGUUCGAGCCGGGAAUGGUGCCCGACGACUCCGGCGUGUCGGAGGGCUACCGGUUCGCCAAGUCCAUCGAGGGCUCCCAGCUCGUGGGCAUCAGGAGUAGCGUGGAGAUCGAGCCGGAGUGGCUGCAGCUGCUCGGCCAGCUCUACCAGAAACCCGUGAUCCCGGUCGGCCUCUUCCCUCCUCCGCCACAGCAAAACAUCUCCGGCCACGAGGAGACGCUGCGUUGGCUGGACGGGCACGCGCCGAGCACCGUCGUGUACGCGGCCUUCGGCAGCGAGGCGAAGCUGACGAGCGCGCAGCUGCGGAGAAUCGCGCUGGGUUUGGAGCAGUCCGGGCUGCCGUUCGUCUGGGCAUUCAGGGAGCCGGCGGACGGCGCGGACGGGUGCUGCUUACCGGAAGGGUUCGAGGAGCGAGUCGAGGGGCGCGGGCUCGUGUGCCGAGGCUGGGUGCCGCAGGUGAGGUUCCUGGCACACGGAUCGGUGGGCGGGUUCUUGACGCACGCCGGGUGGAACUCCAUCGCCGAGGGCCUCGCGCGGGGCGUCAGGCUCGUGCUGCUACCGCUCAUCUUCGAGCAGGGCCUCAACGCCAGGCAUCUGGUGGACAAGAAGGUCGGCGUCGAGGUGGCGCGGGACGAACAGGACGGGUCCUUCGCGGCCCAAGACAUCGCCGCGGCUCUGAGGAAGGUCAUGGUGGAUGACGAAGGCGAGGUGUCCGGGGCUAAGGUCAGGGAGCUCGCCCAAGUGUUCGGAGAUGACGAGGUGAAUGAUCAGUGCGUGCGAGAUUUUCUCAGUCACCUGUCGGAGUACAGCAGAAAGAAGAAGGAUAAUGCCAUUGCAGUGUAGGACUGGGCGAUACUUGUGCCGCUUCAGGUUACGGCAGAAAGAAGAAGGAUAAUGUCAUGGAGUAGGUAGGAUUGGAUGAUACCUCUCUGGCUUUGCCUUUGUAGGUAGGAUUGGAUGACAUACUCUUGCCGUUUCAGGUUACGCCGUAGGUUGUAUUGUAGCAAAUUCAUGUUCUGAAGUCAAGUAAGGAAGCAUUGUACUACUGUAUAUCCAUUUUCCUGAAUUGAUUGUUGUUGCAGCCCAAUAAACAGCGAUGUUCGGUC